CCAGUCCCAAAUAAAUAAAGAGUCACAGAAGGAUGUGGGGGAAAGAGAGAAGUUGCUACUUUAGGAAGAACAAUGUUGAUGCUACCCAACCUUCUUCAUCUCCUGCCUGCUUUUGAGAAUGUGUGAGGAUUAAAAGCGCGUGGCGGCGAUUACACAGGGAUUUCUACACCACAAAAGGAUGCUCAGUUCUCCCUCCUCUCCUGCUGAAGCCACAGAAGAGAGGACUACCGUAGAGAACUUGUCUCCUCCUGUCUCAGCGCUACCUGCCUAACAGUCAGCCGUGCACAGCCACCAGAGGCAAUGACAGCCUUGCUGCUCUAGAGCCCCAUGGAGCGCAGUCCGCCGCUGGAUUCCAUGCUUUGUAGAUAUACAUUCUAAGAAAUUCGUUCUUAGAAGCCAAACCGAGAGAAAAUAAAAACUGGCUGCUCACCAGCUCUAUGGUUUUCUGACUCGUCCAAGAUUGUGAUUUUUGGCAUCUGACUAAGAGAUGACCCAAGAACAGUGCACUCAUAGGAACAAUGUCCAGAGCUCAGAGAAACCACAUGUGUACAAGGUGGGGAUUUAUGGCUGGCGGAAACGUUGCCUUUACUUCUUCGUGCUCCUGUUAAUGAUCCUGAUCCUGGUCAACCUUGCUUUAACCAUCUGGAUACUAAAGGUCAUGAACUUCACCAUUGAUGGUAUGGGCAAUUUAAGAAUAACGGAGAAGGGCCUGAAACUGGAGGGGGACUCUGAGUUUCUUCAACCUCUGUAUGCUAAAGAAAUUCAGUCCAGACCAGGCAGCCCACUGUUACUGCAAUCCUCCAAAAAUGUGUCCAUCAAUAUCCUCAAUGGGAAGAAUCAGCUGGUCACACAACUUAUUGCAGGAUCCAGUGGAGUGCGUGCUCGAGGGAAGAUGUUGGAAGUGAAAUCUAGCACAGGGAAGCUGCUGUUCUCUGCUGAUGAUCAGGAGGUGGUGGUGGGAGCAGAGAGGCUACGGGUGACAGGUGCCGAGGGAGCUGUGUUCAGCAACUCUGUGGAGACGCCACACGUCAGGGCCGAGCCCUUCAAAGAGCUACGGCUGGAGUCUCCCACGCGGUCUCUGUACAUGGAGGCCCCUAAAGGAAUCCAGAUCCUAGCAGAGGCAGGGGACAUCCAGGCCACGUGUAGAAGUGACCUACGCCUGGAGUCCAAAGACGGAGAGAUCAAUCUGGACGCACGGAGGAUCAGGCUGCUGCGUCUGCCGGAGGGCAAGGCCUCUCCAUCGGGGACCACCUCCAGACAAACUGUCUAUGAGGUGUGCGUCUGUCCCAAUGGAAAACUCUUCCUCUCACAGGCCGGGAAAGGCUCCACCUGCCAGAUCAGCAACAACGUCUGCCUCUAGAACACAUACACACACAAAAAUAUGCACACACACACAAACACACACACACACA